AUGCCGAGAAAAACUGGUUCAUACGAUGGAGACCAUAAGGGGCCCUCUUCCACUGAGGGUCUCCCAAGACCAUCAGAGCUCUCCAUGGAGGGAGAUGGACUUCCGGACGUCCGGAAGGGAUCAGAGGAGAAGUCUCAGCAGGUUGUGACGCGGGGGCAGCGGUGGAUAAUGACAUUUGCAUUUUUCUUUCUGGGGAUGUGCUCUCUCUUUGCAUGGACAAACGUCCUUUAUGUGCUGCCCUACAUGACGGAGCAUUUCCUCGAUAACUGGGACGCGGGAAACUCGCUCUUAGGGGUUUUUCAAGUUGGAAAUCUGAUUGUUCAGGCUUACAUGAUGGCUGUUGGGGCCAUGUGGGAGCGGUGGCUGUACCAGGGACUAUCCUUAACAGCUAUCCUCUGUGCGAUAUUUACCCCUUGCAUUAUGUAUGGGAGUGUGACACUUCGUAUUGCGCUGCUGCAUAUUCUCUGCUUUUUUCUGGGGGCCGCCAGUGGGUUUCUCCAAGGUUCCGGCUACUCAUUUUCUUCGGUAAUGCCCGUCAAUCAAAUAGCGGUAUACACAACGGGCCAAGCUAUCGGUGCCGUUUUCUCCGUUGUCCUUAUGGCUGUUCUCUGCUUCACCGUCAUAGACCUGAGGAUGCAACAUGAUGUGGUGAUAUUGUUGUAUGUAAUUUCAGCACUGAGUGCUGCCUUCUGCAUCAUCACACUCGUUCUUAUAUACCGCACCAUGAAGCAGCCUGCAGCAGCACGUGCAAUUAAAAAUGCACAGGCAUCCACCCCAAAGCCAAAAAAAACAUCGAAGACGGGACCCACGGAAAUCACCGAGGUUACCACCGACGCCUCCCAGGCCGUCGAUGGGUCGGAGGUUCGGAAGGGCGUCUGUUAUAGAGUUCUUAAGAUAUCUGGUACAGAGAUCUUUUGCAUUUUUGUUGUAUUUUUCAUUACUUGCAACUUAUUCCCUCGGGUCGGACCCCUGCAGUGGAGGAUUACUGACCCCCCGAGGAACUACUAUGUAUGGAUCCUAGGAAUUUUCCCAUUUGGCGACUCCUUUGGCAGGUGUCUCUGCACCUUGACAAUUUUCAGGUGGCUUACGAACAUUAUCUUGUUUCCCCCAAAGCUACUGCCAUGGAUGUGCCUCGGACGAUUCCUGCUCUAUAUUCCUUUCUUCCUCAGCAAGCAUCUGCAGAAUAACUCCGUAUUCAACUCUUUUUGGUUCCAGAUGGUCGAAAUGGCCGUCUUGUCCACGACUCAUGGAUGGUUUACAACGCUCGGAUUCAUGUAUGGUCUUGGCAAGGCCCCAGAUGAUGAAAAGAAAUAUGUGGGGCCUGCGGCAGUCAUCAGCCUUAUCUUAGGGAUCAUUGCUGGGCUCUACCUCGCCCUGCUCUUCAGGUGA